UAAAUUUUGCUAAAAGUAUCAAAACUAGACAACUUUAAUUAACAUCUAUCAUUUCCCACGUAACGUCUGAAUCGUUGGCAGCAUUCGUGAAAUAUGGCUGCAAAAGUCAUUAUACUGCUAACAAUGUGUGGUAUUUUGGCUGUUCUUGAAACAGGAGUAAAGGCACUGGCAUGUUACAAUUGCAGCGAAAACGUUAAUUGCAAUGACCCUUUCAAAUCUGCUUACGCUGAAUUAAUCACCUGCAGACAUUACUGUGUAAAGGGAAAGAGAAAAGAAGAUGGAAAGGUUUGGAGGACAUGCGACGUCUACGGCGACCUGUGGAAGAUGAAUGACUGCCAAACGGGAGACACUCCAUAUGGUUAUGGAGAUCUAUGCUUGUGUUCUACCUACAAGUGUAAUGGAGUUGACACCAUGAGAAUGCCCUUUCUGCCAUUACUCAUUUUUGCAGCGAUUCUAGUAGUGGCGAGUAAAAGGUUGUUUUAAAACUUGAUACAUAAUGCUUUAAAGGAUCAUUUCAGAAAUUAUUACAUAUACAAGUAUAUUGUUUCUAAAGUACUCAUCAAUGCUUUAUUUAGUUUUUUUUCCACAUAAUUAUAUAGACAUUCUAUCACCGAAAAGAAAUAUCGAAUAUCGGCAUAGACGUCAUGACAUUGUUAAAUUAUAAACAAACUGACCAGGAUUUAAAACAAAAGUUUAAGAGAAUUGUUCCGUUACAGAAAGCUUUCGUAGGCUCGGUUAUCACAACUAUUUUAAACAUUUAAACAAUUCAUAGUUGCUAUUACUUUCUCUCUGUGAGACUUUUCGUAAUUCUAGAAGGAAGUGUGAAUUUUUAUAAACUGAUUUAAAUAAAUGUACCUUUACAAUUGUGAACGAAGUGGGGAAGGAUAUCAUUUUUAUUGCAUACCGCUACAUAUUCUGUAAAAUACAUGUAUAUAUUGUCUAUCACUGAGUAAUAUAAACUAUCCAAAUAAGAAACAUACAUGCAUAUUUUCGUCUCCGUAGAAGCGCCGAGAAAGAGCACUACCACAUUUGAUCUACUGUAUUAUAUAAAAGACGUUUCAGAAUCGAAAUGAUAUGACAGCUUAAUUCACACACACUGUAUCGAUUAUUAGGCGCGUGACGUCUACGCACUCCUAAGUUAUUAAUUCCGCGGGACUUGUUACUUCACAUGACUGAACCCUGUUAAAACAAGGUUACGCGUUGACGUCACGUCGACCUACUACAUUUGGUACCACACACGUGCCAUGGAAUAGUGCUUCCCUAUUUCAUAAAGGACAUAUUACAUCGAAAUAGUAUAUUAGCAGAUCUUUGUUCAAUAUAUCUCAACAAUACGAGUCGGCCAUACGCCAAAUACACUUGGGCUACUCUAUCAUGAAAAUACUCCGCACGUGUAAACUUUAGCCUGCCGGUGUAACAUUAAAUAUUGACCCCGUUGAAAAUUGACCCCAUUGAUCUAAAUUUGAUGUUGAUGUUGGCGGGGUCAGGUCUCAACAUUGAAAAAGGACGUCAGUAUUAAAUGUUACACCGGCGGCAAGUGUACUCUUCGCUAUUUAGUCAAUAAAUUUUCAGUGAACACACCCUUCCAAUGAUAAAUGGCACUGCCCAAAUUAGAUGAUAGACCAGUCAAUUUCAGAAAUUUAGCGGGCUAAUGGUUAAACAUGAUUCUGCUAUAUAGUAUUUCUUAAACAGAAUUCUGAUGAAGAGUGUGUAUGUAUGACCUGUGUGUAUGUAACUAUAAACUAUAAAUAUUCUAGUAAGACCUAAAUAAAAUAUGUAUUCUA